AUGUUAAUUUAACCAGACAUACAAAGUGAUAUAAGUGGCGACUAGAGUUAAAACCCCAUGUAGCACACAGGCAAAUGGGGAAGUGUUAGCUAAGCCUAGACUGAGACAGUCAAAGACUAUGUAACUCUGUCAGACGAGAAGGCCUUUAAAUACAGUCACAUUGAUGAAAACAUUAUCAAGAUCACUGAUCAGGCUAAGAGCUUAUUAAAGGACUCUAUAGAUACAGUAUCAAUGAAUCAAAUUUAGGAAGAGAAGGAGACUGAUCCUAGAUCUACCUCUGACUUUAAGAACUAUGAGAUCCGAGAUAAAGAUUUAGACGAGAAAGUUGAAAUACUAGAAGUUAACGACACUUUCUACAAUUCUCAUUAAAGAUAAUAGCAUUAGAAUUACUAGCGAGUAAAGUCAACAGGAAUUAUGAAGAAAUAGAUAAGAAAAAUAGAAGCAAACAAAGAAAACCUUGAACUUCUUAACAAAAAGACUAGAAAUCACUUUGAUCAGUCCUCCAUUCAACAGAGCAAGGAACUGCUUCCAUUGCAAAGCCCAAUCCGUAGCAAGAUCACUAAGUUAAAGGACAUCACAAAUAUAGUUAAUGACCCGAAGAAACUUUAGUUCACGUUUUUCAACGAGGAAUAAUAGUCGUUAAACGGUAAAUUGCAAUAACUGCAGCCGCUUAAGACAACUGAAGGUAUUCAUCAAUCAGGCCAUAAUUAAGCAUUCCGCAGGAAUAAGAUUGUGUAAAAGGCACUCUCGAGAUCUCCUAACAUACUUCCAGAUUAUGAGUAGCACCUUCAAUCCUCAUCAAUAAUUAGCACAAACGGCAAUUCUAUCAUUCUUAAUCAAGGCAGCUUCAGCGUUCAAGAUUAGUAUAAUAGGAGCAAAGAAAUCUUACCAAAGCAAGCCUUUAACCCCUCCUAGGCAUUUGGACUCUAUGGAGAUAAUAUGAGAUCAGUGAGUAGCAUUCCACCUAGAAUGGGAUCAAAUGACUCUGCGAAUAGAUAAUCUAUACACCAUAUGAAUGGUCCAUUCCAGCGCAGAUAAACUCUAAAUGAUACAUUCUCUUAAGAGAGAUGGAAGCAGUAAUCAUCUCAGAGCUCAAUGGGUAAUGGCAGCAUUGUUUCUCAGUACGGAAUAACCUAUGGUUAAUAGGCUCAGUAAUAGCAAAUGCAGUCCAUUAACAAGUUCGAUAUAGUUGAGAAGAUUAGAAUAUCUUAUGAGAUCAUCCAAAACAGAGAGAAAUAGCAGUAGACCUAAAACAGCAUCAAGAACAGAUUCCAGAUCAAUACUGCUGCUGAGAGCUACAAUUUUGUAGACAACAGAGACGGUGCAACAAGCAGGAAUUUGAAGUAUCACUAGUCAUAGAUGCAGUCUAAGGAAUCUUAGCAAAACUCAGUGGUCAUUAAGAGUCAACGGAAAGGCACUUACCAGGAUAGCUCUAAUUCAAUAUACAAACUUAACAUUCCAAAAAGACAUAGCAAUGCUCCUCUUCCUCAACAGUAAAUGCCAGUGCAAUAGUAGUUCAGUUCCACAUAUGAAAAAUCUGAUAACUAUCUUAAUCAAACAUUUUUGAAGCUGCCAUAGAUAACUAAAGGCCAGUCAUCGCAUGUCGAUACUGAAAUUAACACCAAGAGAGAGUUGAGAGGAAACAACAAUAAGGACUGA